AUGGGCGCAACCCCGUUUCAUCGUUCCAUCCUCGAGGUCCGGCUACCAAAGCACUUUGACAAGCCGACGGACAUGAGGUUCUCGGACAUUACCCGCGCUUUCCUAGCCCAAUUCACUACCAGAAUCGCAAAGGCAAAGCACCCGCUCAAUUUUCUCGGGGUGACUCAGAGGUCCAGCAAGCCAACCAGAAAAUAUCUAGACCGGUUCAACGACGAGUGCUUGGAGAUCGACGGGUUAACUGAUUCGGUAGCUAGUCUGUGCUUGACGAAUGGACUUCUGAAUGAGAACUUCAGGAAGCAUCUCACCACGAAGCCGGUGUGGACGAUGCAAGAGAUCCAGAGUGUAGCCAGGGAAUAUAUCAACGAUGAAGAACCUCGACCUCUGAAGGACCGAACCGGAGGGAACAAGAGCCUCUAUUGUGAUUAUGAUAAGGGCUAUGGACAUAAGGCACAUGACUGUUUCGACCUCAAGGACGCGCUAGAACAGGCGAUCUGGGACGGAAAACUGGCCGAAUUCUCCCAUCUCAUCAGGGAGCCGAGAAGACGAGAUCACGACCGUGAGGGAGAGCACAAGACCCGCGCGGUGAAGCAACAUCACGAGCCAGACGACAACGAACACGGCCUUACCAUAGUGAACGUGGUAACAGCAAGAGACGCGGCCCCAAGGUCGAAGUCGGCACACAAGAAAGAUGCCAAAGUCCUAGCGGUUUUCUCAUCUUCCGCGCGAAGCUCCAAGAGGUUUCCACCUAUCUCGUUCGGUCCGGAAGACCAGUGGUUCGAUGAGGUCGCGGAAAGCCCUCCCAUGGUCAUCACGGCCAGAGUGGGAACCGGCCUCAUCAAGCGGAUCCUCGUAGACACCGGGGCCGACUCAAAUAUCAUGCUCCGUAAUGUGUUCGAUACCCUGGGUCUACGGGAUGCCGACUUAAAGACCCACCAGCACGGUGUUGUAGGCUUAGGCGACCACUUCAUCAAGCCAGAUGGGAUAAUUUCCCUGUCGAUAUCCGUAGGACUUGGACAGGGGCGAAGAUCGGUAAUGGCUGAGUUCGUGGUUCUGUGA